AUGGGGUUGCCUGGCCGUGCUGUGUUUAUGGUACAACCAACGUUCCCUUGUAUUUGGAGGUUAGCGCUGCUCUUUUUCUCCAUGUGGGGAUUUGAUGCCCAAACUGCAGCAGAAACUAAAGCAUUGUACAUCUGGCAAACAGGUCCGUGGGCUCGUUGUAUGGGAAGCGAGUGUGGUCCAGGAGGAAGCCAGAGUAGAGCAGUAUGGUGCGCUCAUUCUGAGGGCUGGACUACUCUACAUACGAACUGUGACCAGGCAGAACGGCCAGACAACCAGCAGAGUUGUUUCAGAGUAUGUGACUGGCAUAAAGACCUGUAUGAAUGGCAGCUGGGUGCCUGGAACCAGUGUGUCCCAGUGCUGAUGCGCAGCACUGGGGUACAGCGCCCAACUGUGUGCUCACGAGGUGAGGAGGGCAUCCAGACCCGGGAGGUGGGCUGCGUUCAGAAAGCUAAUGGUGAACCCGCUGAAAAUGCUAUCUGUGAAUAUUUUGAGCCUAAACCUCGCCUCGAACAGGCCUGUCUAAUUCCAUGUCCUCAGGACUGUGUGCUGUCUGAGUUCAGCCCAUGGACUUCAUGUUCUAAAACCUGUGGGAUAGGUUUACAAAACCGGAUCCGCUUUGUUCUUGCACCACCACUGUUCGGUGGAGCAAUGUGUCCAAACCUGACAGAGUUUCAGACAUGCCAGCCAGGGCUCUGUGAGACAAAGGAAAAUCUUUACAGUCUCAGAGUGGGACCUUGGGGUCCCUGCUCUGUUCCACUGCCAAGGCAAACGAGACAAGCUGAAAAAACACGCAGAGAGGGGAACAAGAGAUCAAGGGAACCUUCUAAAGAGGGAAACAAACAGAGUAGGGAGGGUGAAACACCAUCCAGGGAAGACAAACAGAUCAGAGAGAGCAACAAACAGUCAGUAGAGAGAAACAAACAGAUUAGAGAUGAAACGCAGUACCAAGAAAAUGACAAAAAUGCAAAAGAAGGUGCCAAAGUGUCCAGAAACAGUGACAAACCAUCAAGACUCAACAGAAAAUUGGCCAGAGCAAACAGGAAACCAGACAGGCCUUCCAGACAGGCUGAUCAGCACAGACAACAGAAAAAGACUAAAAACAAGAGAAAAAAAGAAAAAAACAGAGACAAAGUCAAAAAGAAAUUAAAAGUGAAGGGAAAGGUGAAGGAUCCUGAGACCAGAGAGCGAAUGAAGAAGAACAAAAAUCGUCAGAAACGUCCGGGAGGGAAAUUCUGGGAUUUACAAGUUGGUUACCAGACCAGAGAAGUGACCUGUGUCCAUAAGAGUGGGGAUAUUGAAGCUCUCAGCUUCUGCUCUCAGGAAGCCCUUCCCGUGACCUUCCAGGCCUGUGUGGCUCCCAAAGACUGUGAUGUGACCGAGUGGUCCGAAUGGUCAGCUUGUUCCAAAGACUGCUACGACCCCAAUGGACCCAAGGGGGAGCGCAGUCGCACCAGAGGAGUGAGCCAGUUUCCUAUUGGUGGAGGAAAAGAUUGCCCAGAGUUAGAGGAGAGGGAAGCAUGCAGCCCCUUGGGGGAUGCAGUCCCAGCAUGCAUUGUCUACAACUGGAAAACCACAGAGUGGACUGAGUGUCGGGUGGAUGUUCUGCUGAGCCAGCAGGACCGUCGGCGUGGAAACCAAACGGGCUUGUGUGGAGGUGGCAUCCAGACUCGAGAGGUCUACUGUGUACAGGCCACUGUUGACAUGCCGCCCAAUCUCAGCCCAAUUAGGAGCAAAGAAGGACUGCGUCCAGUGGACAGUGAAUUGUGUUUGGGUGUCCCUCCAAACACCACACAGUUGUGCCAAAUAAUGUGUCCCGUUGAAUGUGAGGUGUCUUUGUGGAGCGCUUGGGGACCCUGCACCCAUGAAAACUGUCAAGACCAGACCACCAAGAAAGGUUUCAAACUGAGGAAGCGAGGGAUCAUCAAUGAGCCCACAGACGGGACAGGGAACUGCCCUCAUCUGGUGGAGGCCAUACCAUGUGAAGACCCCAGCUGCUACGAGUGGCUGGUGGUCCAACUGGAGGCGUGUAUUCCUGAUAAUGACAAAGAAUGUGGACCUGGAACACAAAUUCCCCAAGUCCAGUGUAUCAACAGUGAUGGUGAAACUGUGGAGAAACAACUUUGCCGUGAUGCCAUCCUUCCAAUGCCCACUGUCUGUGAGGUGCCUUGCCCAAAGGACUGUGCCCUGAGCCCCUGGACUUCCUGGUCCCUCUGCUCUCAUACCUGCUCCGGGAAGAACUCAGAGGGGAGGCAGACUCGUGCGCGUGCCAUUCUGGCCUAUAAUGCAGGAGAAGGAGGAGUCCAGUGUCCCAACAUCAGCACCCUGCAAGAAGUCAGGAGCUGCAAUGAGCACCCUUGCACUGUGUACCACUGGCAAACUGGUCCUUGGGGCCAAUGCAUCGAGGAUUCCUCCAUCCCAUCCAGCAACACAUCUGUAGGCCGAAUACGUGGCCAUGAUGUAUCAUGUUCAGUGGGAAUGCAGACUCGCAAAGUCAUCUGUGUCCGUGUCAAUGUGGGCCAGGUUCCUCCCAAAAAAAUGAAGCACGAGAUCAGGUGGGCGGCUAGGAGACUAUCCAGCACGGGGCAACAGUUCAGGCAGAUGGCCAGGAGACAGUCCGGAUAUAUGUGGAACCCUCUGGAGAUGUGGGACCCUCUUGGGAUGUGGGAACCUUGGGAGACUCGGGAACCACAGGAGAUUCGAGAACCACUGAAGGCUCUGGACCCACAGGAGACUCUGGACCCAAAGGAGACUCUUGCCCCACAGGAUAUUCUGGAUCCACAGGAGACUCUGGACCCAUGGGAGAUGAAGAAGAAGAGAAAAAGUAAAAAGCUUGACCAGUGUAAAAAUACUCAAACAUAUCCCCUGAGUGAGACCCAGUAUUGCCCCUGUAACAAAUACAACGCCCAGCCCGUGGGCAACUGGUCAGACUGUAUACUACCUGAGGGCAUCCGUAUGGAAGGCCAACUUGGCAUGAAGGUCCAAGGUGACAUCAAGGAGUGCGGCCAAGGAUAUCGCUACCAGGCCAUGGUGUGCUAUGACCAGGAUAACAGCAUCGUAGAAACUUCUCGCUGUAACAGCCAUGGGUACAUUGAGGAAGCUUGCAUCAUUCCUUGCCCAUCUGACUGCAAACUGAGUGAAUGGUCCAACUGGUCACGCUGCAGUAAAUCAUGUGGCAGUGGGGUCAAAGUUCGCUCUAAGUGGCUCAGAGAAAAGCCCUACAAUGGUGGAAGACCAUGCCCUAAACUGGACCAUGUCAACCAGGCUCAGGUCUAUGAGGUGGUGCCUUGUGUCAGUGACUGUGGACAGUUCGUUUGGAUAGCAGAGCCGUGGAGUGUUUGGAAAGUUAGUAAUGUGGAUAUGAGAAAAAACUGCGGUGAAGGUGUGCAGACCCGGAAAAUCAGGUGUAUGCUGAACACUGUAGACGGGCCCUCUGAACAGGUUGAGGACUACCUGUGUGACCCAGAAGAGAUGCCUUUAGGGGCCCGAAACAGCCAUCUGCCCUGCCCUGAGGACUGUGUGUUAUCUGACUGGGGGGCCUGGAGUCCAUGUCCCCUGCCGUGUAGUGAGAACAGGACCCAUGAGAGGGUUGCCUAUCCAGUCCGAAAACCAGGAAAAGAGAAGACAUGUCCUCCAACAACUGAGUCAGAACCAUGCAAGCUCAACAGGAACUGCUUCCACUACUUUUACAACAUCACAGACUGGAGCACCUGUCAGCUCAGUGACAGAGCAGUGUGUGGACAUGGCAUCAAGACCCGCAUGCUCGACUGUGUGCGUAGCGAUGGCAAAUCUGUGGAUCUUAGCUUCUGUAAACAGCUGGGUCUCGAGAGGAAGUGGCAGAUGAAUGCUUCCUGUGUCGUGGAAUGUCCUGUCAACUGCCAGCUGUCAGAAUGGUCCACGUGGUCUGCGUGCACUCACACUUGUGGCCUGGCAGGUAAACUGUGGAGAACACGAGCAGUGAUCCAGUCUCCUCAAGGUGAUGGGAGGCCAUGUCCAUCGCAGAUGAAACAGUGGAAGCCCUGUCUGGUGAAGCCCUGUUACAGCUGGAGAUACAGUGCCUGGUCUGAGUGCAAGUCAGAGGGGGCAAAGUGUGGAGAAGGCAUUCGCUUCAGAAAUGUCUCCUGCUUUGUGUCAGACGGUUCAAGCGAGCAGGACAGAAGUGUUGUUGAUGAUGAGCUGUGUGGAGAUCUGGAGCUUUCAGUGGAUGGAGAUAGACAAAUGAUUCUGCAGGAACCCUGUACUGUUCCCUGUCCAGGAGAGUGCUACUUGACAGACUGGACUGUAUGGAGUCCAUGCCAGUUGAGCUGUGUGAAUGGGAAAGACCAGGGUUUUGGCUCAGUCCAAGUCCGUUCCAGAGCAGUGGUGGCCCAGGAUCCAGAAAACCUGCUUGAGUGUCCGGAACAAGAGCUGGAGGCAAAGCCGUGCACAGGUGGCCAGUGUUUUGAGUACAAGUGGAGGACUGGACCGUGGAGAGGCUCGUCCCGCCAUGUCUGGUGUCAGCGUUCAGAUGGGCUGAAUGUCACAGGUGGAUGCCUGGCAGUAACAAAACCAUUGGCUGACCGAUCCUGUGACCCACCCUGUACCAAACCAUUGUCUCUGUGCACAGAGGCGGGGGUGUGCGGCUGUGAGGAGGGCUACACUGAGGUCAUGACAUCUGACGGCCUGCUGGAUCAAUGCACAGUCAUCCCAGUGCUGGAGAUCCCAACGGCAGGUGACAACAGAGCUGAUGUCAAGACCAUUCGAGCCUUUAACCCGAUCCAGCCUGCAGCCAGCGCACCGGGCCGGGCUGGGCGGACAUGGUUCCUGCAGCCUUUUGGUCCAGAUGGAACACUGAAGACCUGGGUGUACGGCGUCGCAGCUGGAGUGUUUGUUCUCCUCAUCUUCAUCGUCUCGAUGACAUAUUUAGCUUGCAAGAAGCCAAAGAAGCCGCAGAGACGACAGAUGAACAACAGACUGAAACCUCUGACUCUGGCGUACGACGGAGACGCCGACAUGUAG